AGAGCCACCAGGGUGGCGCACACCCGGCAGGUGCGCGGGGCUGCUCGGGGUCUCUCUCCGCUGCACCCCUGGAGGGGCACAGCCUGAGCUGGCACGGCACGAAGCCCCCUCGCUCGGGGAGGCAGCAGCAGGGCGCGGGGCUCGGCGGGCGCGGGCUGGCCGAGGCGGGCAGCCCACGCCCCGCCGCAGGCGCCUCCCCGGCGCAGGUGGGUGCCGGCAGGCGGGCAGAGGCGGCAUGCGGACGCCAGCGGCGAUGACGGCGGGGCUGGUGCUGGGUCCGUGCGGGCUGGUGCUGAGCCUGACGGCGGCGCUGGCCCCGCACUGGCGCGAGCUGAGCGGGCUGGAGGCCGAGCCGCCGGACGUGCGCUACCAGCAGGGCCUGUGGGACCUGUGCCGCGAGGUGCAGAGCACCCGCGUCCGGAGCUGCGGCCUGCCCGACACGCUCGGCUACUUCGCGCGGGCGCCGGUGCGGGCGGCCCGGGGGCUCGUGGCCUCGGCGCUGGGCGCCGCGGCGCUGGGGCUGGCGCUGGCCGCGCUGGGCGUGCGCUGCUGGCGGGACGAGCCGCGGCCCGCGGUGGCCGGCCUGGCCGGGCUGGUGCUGCUGGCCGCGGGGCUGCUGGGCCUCGUGGCCGCCUCCUGGUACGGCCACAGCCUCGAGGCCCUGCCCGCCCCCGCCGGCAGCUCGGCGCGGGCGGGCUACAGCCUGGUGCUGGCCUUCCUGGGCAGCUGCCUCGGCGUCCUCGCGGGCUGCGCCCUGGCCCUCAGCUUCCGCCGCGGCUGCUGCUGCCCGAGGAGGCGGGCGCCUCCCGCGCUGCCCUCCUACACCAACCCGCUGGACGUGCUGGAGGGAGAGAGACCCGCCCGCGCCCUGCCCUGCGACUCCGACCUGUAGCUGGACCAGCCUGGGGGCCACUGCCCUGCACACCAGGACAGCGGCUGGACAACGGGCAGCACCCGCCCGAGCCCCAUCCCACCAGGGUGAGGGCGGCAAGGACCUGCACCUCACUUGGGAAGGGCAACAAGGACCUGCUUCUCGCUGGAGAAGGACAGCCGAGCCAGACCGGAGGUGUUGGGGCUUGGCCUUGGGGACGGCAGAUGCCAAAGCCUGUUUGUUGUGUGAGCUGGAAAGGGAGCGGGGAGAGUAUUGGGGCCUGAGUCGAGGGGCCGUCCUAGAGGACCUUCCAGGCCCUCGCUGAUACGAAACCCCACGCCUUUAUGUCCUCUGUUUUUCUCUUCAAGAGAAAGGGCGCAGUCAGCACUCCUCGGGUCGGAUUGUCAGCAGCGUCGAACGGUCAGCGGGUGCAGUUGUGCUUGAGGACCGGGGGAAAAUUCUCCGCUGCGCUCAGGGACACCAAUGGAUACGGAUAUCUUCUGCCUCUCCAAGGGAAAAAUAGAGGACAUAAAGGCAUCCAGUUCCGUAUCAAUAGAGGACAACUGGACUGUCCUCUAUGAUAGGUGCUGGUUCAAAAAAAGUCAUAAAGCUGUGCAGAAAUGCCUGCAUCUGUCAGAAGCUUAAAGCUCACUGGAAACCAGUGGACUUCAGGCUCCAAAUUGCCUGAGUAGCUUUUAGCAAUAGGAUUGAGGAGCCCAAAUUCCUUUGAGUCUAGUCUGCCCCAUUAUCCUACUCGUGCAGACACCCAUGCUAGCUUUAAAUUGGCUAGGUUGGACACUGGUAAUAAUGUUGAUGUACCAGAAUGGUGGCCAGGAGCCCAGGCAGGUUUUGUAGGCUGUGCUAAACCACAGGUUGCUGGUGGCUAUCUUGUUAGAGUCUCUAGCGAAUGUAAGGGGUGGUGGGGAGCACAGUAGAGGCGACCACCCCAGGCACUGGCACCCAUGCAUUUGUGACUGUGAACUGAAACUUGCUGCUUCCCCUUUGCCCCAGGCCCCUGGUCAGGUCCUUACACUGCUGCUCUCUUAAGUUUCCAAGCUGCAGCCUGGGUGCUGCAUAGUGAUAUUAGCACUGUGAGGUGUGCAAACACCUGUAAGUGGUUCAAACAUAAACCCAGAGAUUUCAGAUGGGGAUGCCAUAGCAUCCUUCUGAGCUGUUGUAGGCUUUCAGAGUUCUUUACAUGAGAAUCGCUCUAUUAUUUUUCUGUUGUCAAAAAAAUCCAAGUGGAAGCUCAGAGCUGGCAUUUCUCGAGGGACAUUGCAAGUCUUAAGUGCUUGAGAACCACUGCUGUAGGUAAAGAUAGCUUGUGUACAACUACACAAGUUGUAGAUCUACCCCAUGGCUAUUGCACUGAGAGCUGUUGAGUAUUCAAUACUUUUGAAAACUGGUCACUUAAGUGUCUUACUUUUAACUGCCAAUUUUUGCAGUUCUUGGCUUGAGAUUUUAAUCAACAUACAGUACAACAGUGAGAAAAGUAGCUUGGGGCAUUGCCAGUUAAUCACUUUUGUUCUGCAUAAAGACUCAGUUCAUCCCUCAACUUCAGAAUUUGCUAUACCGACUCUGAGCUUUCACUCCUUUCUUUAGACAGUAGAUGAGUGAAAGGACGAGUGGGAGACUUGGUCUUUUGUAAGUUUCAGCUUAAGUUAACAAACUCAAACUGCAGAUUUUACAGCUCAUGCAUGAGAGUAUAGGCCACAUGGCAAACAUAGGAAACAGGCAGAACACACAAAGCAGCAGGUGCACAAAUUGUCUUAGAAGCACUGCAACAUAGUGAGACUUUCCUAUUAUUGUUAGGACUGAAACCUGUUGCAUUUAAUGGCACAACGUAACCUUAAAGUAUGCUUCUGCUCUGUUAAGUAUAAUGGUCACUUUUCACCAAUUGAUCUGCCUGCAGAAAUUAAGAAUUCAAGCAAUUUACGGUAUAAUUUUACUGCUUUUCAUUUGCUGCAGAACCAAUAUGUCAUUGGGUAGGGUUCUCUCAAAAUAAUUGUUACUGGAGUUUUGAGCAUAGCAUCCUUAAAGAUGGCAGCCAGAGAGCCCAGCUUAUCCAGAUUUUUGAGUAGUCAGCGCACACACCUCACUUGUAAUUGGAGCAGGUAUGAUUGUGGGGGAGGGGGAGGAUGGUCAGGGAGGCAGCAUAUUUGGGGUGGAUGGGAGUGGAGUCUUUCUAAGAGGAGAGUCUUUAUUGUUCCCCUCAAUCCUUCAGAGGGAAAUGUUAAUAGGAAUUGGUUUAAGUGGCAGAAUAACUGGAUUGGUACCUAUUCAGUCAGGUGUCAUAUUGAAACAUUGUGUAGUGGAGAAAGGAGGGUUAGUUAAGAACUAAAACUAAAUUGCUUUUCACCUACCAAAGAAGGGAGAUAUCCUAUGUUCAAAGAAGUGCAUGUUUCAUUAGAAGCUACAGCCAUUGUCACACUGUAAAAAAAAUGGGAAGGUGAGGGAAAGAGAGAGAGAAAUAUCAAUCAAGCCAUGUUUGUCAGUGAAAUUUGUCACUGCACCGCAAGACUGAUGCCAACAUUCUUUGAAACUACAGCUGCAACUGUCUCCUGUAAUUUUUUAUCUUUUUCAAAUGCCUCUGAUUAUUAAAAUAGUUUCUGCUGUUGCAAGAAGCUUACUGGAAUAAACACCUGAGACAUUGG